CGCUCUCGCUUGGAGAAGCUGCGCGCGGUCGUGCGAGAGCGCCGCCGUCGUGACGUCACGCAGGAGGUGGGACACGUAACGGUCCGCAAAGACAGAAGACCCAGUCGGCGGGACGCCACCGUUCUAACCACACUCUCUUAAACAGGCCUCCAACUAUUGAUUUCUGCAGUGUGCUCACACAGACGACCAAAUACUGCACAAAGAUGGUGUUCCGAGGGACAAUUACAAAUGCCACAGGUUUUGAUCCCACCGCCGAUGCUGAGGCCUUGUACACUGCCAUGAAAGGCAUGGGCAGUGACAAAGAAGCCAUUUUGGACCUGGUCAGCUCUCGCAGUAACGCCCAGAGGCAGGAAGUCAUUGCCGCAUACAAGUGUACCUAUGGAAAGGAUCUUAUUGAGGAUCUGAAAUAUGAGCUGACGGGUAAAUUUGAGCGCCUCAUUGUGAGUCUGAUGAGAACUCCGGCAUACCACGAUGCCAAAGAAAUCAAAGAUGCACUCAAAGGAGCUGGAACCAACGAGAGGUGUUUGAUUGAAGUCCUGGCUUCAAGAAACAACAAACAAAUACAAGACAUGGUUCAAGCAUACAAGGAUGCCUACGGUAGAAACAUGGAGGAGGAUGUGAUCGCUGACACUUCUGGUCACUUUAAGAAGAUGCUGGUUGUUUUACUUCAGGGGACCAGAGAUGAGUCGGGAGUUGUCAACGCAGAUCUAGUGGAGCAAGAUGCGCAGGACCUUUAUGCUGCUGGCGAAGAGAAGUGGGGGACCGACGAGGCCAAAUUCAUCACGAUUCUGGGCAACCGCAGUGUGACCCACCUCCACAUGGUUUUCGAUGCAUACGAGAAGAAUACAGAGACGUCCAUUGAGGACAGCAUUAAGAACGAGCUGUCGGGAGACUUUGAGAGGCUGAUGCUUGCUGUUGUGCAGUGCAUACGCAGUGUUCCCAUGUUCUUUGCCAGGCGCCUAUACAAGUCAAUGAAGGGUCUCGGUACAGCUGACAACACCUUGAUCAGGAUCAUGAUUUCUCGCAGUGAAAUAGACAUGUUGGACAUUCGCGAGUGUUUCAGGCUCCGAUAUGAGAAGUCACUCUACAACAUGAUUCAGGAUGACACAUCAGGUGAUUACAAGAGGACUUUGCUGAAUCUGUGUGGAGGAGAUGACGAUUUAGCUGGAGAGUUCUUCCCUGAAGCUGCUCAGAUAGCCUACAAGAUGUGGGAAAUAAGUUCCAUGACCAAAGUCAAGCCGAGGCCAACGGUUGUCCCUGCACCCAACUUUGACCCUGCUGCCGAUGCACAAGCGCUUAGAAAAGCCAUGAAAGGGUUUGGAACUGAUGAAGAUGCAAUUAUUGACAUAGUUGCACGUAGAAGUAAUGCACAGAGACAAGUGAUCAGACAGACCUUCAAAUCACUACUUGGAAGGGAUCUGAUUAAGGACCUGAAGUCUGAACUGUCAAAGAACUUGGAGAGACUGGUCAUUGGCCUCAUGUUAACCCCCGCUGAGUUUAAUGCCAAAAUGAUGAAGAAGGCCAUUGAGGGCGCUGGCACAGAUGAACACGCUCUGAUUGAGAUCCUGGUCACCAGGAGCAAUGAAGAAAUACAAGCCAUGAAUGCUGCCUAUCAAGAAGCCUAUAAGAAGUCUUUAGAGGAAGAAAUUCAAUCUGACACAUCAGGCCACUUCUGCCGCAUCCUGGUUUCACUUGUGCAGGGUGCAAGGGAAGAUGGCCCUGCAGAUGUUGAAAGAGCCAAUACAGAUGCUCAGGUGAGUAUAAAUAUCCAACAUAAACUAUUCAAGUUAAAAAAAAUAUAUGUAAUCUUAACCUUCUAUCAACAGGAACUUGCUGAAGCUUGCAAUGCUGACUCUGAUGACAGGGUGAUGAAAUUCAUGAGCAUUCUGUGCACCAGAAGCUUCCCUCACCUGAGGAAAGUUUUCCAGGAGUUUGUGCGAUUUUCCAAUAAGGACAUUGAACAGAUCAUCAAGAAGGAAAUGUCAGGAGAUGUGAAAAAUGCCUUUUACGCCCUAGUUCGCAGUGUGAAGAACCAGCCGUCUUAUUUUGCAGACCGUUUGUACAAAGCAAUGAAGGGUCUUGGCACUGACGACAGAGCGUUGAUCCGCAUCAUGGUGUCCCGUAGCGAGAUUGACCUUUUCAACAUUCGUAAGGAGUUUAAAGAAACACAGGAUACCUCCCUCCAUGAAUUCAUCCAGGGUGACACUUCAGGAGAUUACCGUAAAACCCUUUUGGUGCUGUGCGGAGGUGAGGAUUAACGUCGGCACAUCUGCACAGCCCGCAGUGGCGAGGCCCGCCAGACGCCAUCACCCAGUCAAGCUGCAAUGGUGGAUAUCUUAACGCCAGCGCCCUAAACUUCUGCCACUCUGCCAAAACGAAGUUACAUCCACGUCUUUCAAGCCAGUUUUCUCCUCACAUGAAAGAUCCUCCCUCACGGCAUUUUUUUUUUUUGUCUUUUGUUUUUUUACAGAAUCACUAUGAAUAGUGUGACAAUUAUCACAUGACGCAGUGCCUAUUCAGUCAUCAUCGUGACGAUACAUAAAAAUCUAAAGAUUUAGAUUAAACUGAAUGUUUACAAAUUUCCCCAUCAUGCUUUUGACCUUUCGUCACAGUCAUGGGUAAAGGUGCAGCAUUCGGAUUUGCAUGUUAGCUGCGUGUUUAAUUAUUUGUUGUGUUUAUACUGGCAAUGACUAGGAACUAUUUGGAAUUAGGAAACUCCCUCCAAGUCAAAGCGUCUGCCAAAAGGCCGUACAUACAGCGUUAAACGCUCCUUUCUUCCUUUCCUCACACCAAAUUCCCCCACGUUUGUAUUCCCGAACCACUGCAUGCAAAAACGUGAACAUUUGGCAAGACAUACAUCCCCACUACGUACAUGAAACUAUCCUUCUAAGAAAUCUGCCCCAGAGAGUUCCUGGUAUUGAGCCUUACAAUAAAUGUUUGGCAGGCCUCUUGUCCCAAAAAUGUAA